CCAAUCCAGACCCCCGGAGACCUAAACUCAUCCCCUGUCGUCGCCCACCCGCCUCUCCCUCCUCCGAACCCCAGUACCCUUUCUGUUUCUGAGAUGGCCUCGACCUGCUUCCGCGCCGCCGUCCGCGCGGCCUCCGCAGCCUGUCGCUCGGCGGCCCCCCGCUCCAUGCCCUCCGCCGGCCGCUCCACCGCCCGCCGCGCCCCGCUCAUCUCCAGGUUGCCGGUGGAGCUGGGGUGCUGCGCUGGAGUGUCGCUGCUGCCGCUCCACAGCGCGGUGGCCGCGGCGAGGCUGACGUCCAGGCUGAGCACGGCUUCCCGGAGCUGCUGCGCGCUCUCUCAGGAUGAAAAUGAUGAUACGUGAAACAUUUACGCAAUGUCUUAAGGUGGGUGCCUGGCUAUUGUGGAUAUGCUGCACACGCAUUACUCCAACAUCUGUCAUAGCCAUAGAGUUUUAUGCCUUAGCCAGUCCAAAUUUGUAAAGUACGUUUUCUAGUGUCAGCGCUAAUACGAACGUUGUAUGCUUCGAUGCUUACAAUUAAAGAGCGAAUUCUCUUGAGAUGUUCACUCUUCUGAUGUAUACUUUAUUUGUUUCUUUUAUAUAGAGAUGGGUCUAUCUGCUCCAAGGUGAUAAAACGCUGGGAGACCUGCUAUGUCAUGCAAUCAGAUUGAUAGAUUUUUGUAGAGUAGUGAACUACAUGAACUCUGUGAUAAUUUAUUUUAUGCCACCUACAAUCAUGGUUCUAUUUGGCUUUUCAAAGUUUUGAGAUCAUGUCUUCAUCUAUCCCGAUAAAAGCAUGCAAGGACGCUUUGUGAAGUUAUUGCCGUGUUGGUUAAUGACAGUUCCUAAUGCCCUUUAUAUGAUAAUGGUUGAUGACAAACGAGUUCAAUAACACGGCAUUUCUUGUA